CAGCCACGUUCAGAGAACCCACAUAAGGAGAAAGAGAGAAGGAGAGUGGUCGCGCCGGCUAGCACUGGGUGUUCCUGCUCAAACACUGAAUUAAACAUGAGCGGAAUCAGGUCGCUCCUCUGUGUGGCGGUGAUGGUGGCAGUGUUGCGCUCAGGACAAACUCUAGAAUGCUUUCGAUGUGACCUUGGAUUCUGGGAUGUGUGCUACACCACCAAAACAAACUGCAGUGAUGGAGAACAGUGUUUUGUUGGAAUCGGCAAGGCGGCUUCUGUGCUGGACAUAAAAAUGAUGGGCUGCCUUAAUGAAGAGGACUGCAACAAGACUACCACUGUGGCGUUCCCAGUAAAUAAGACGGUGUACUCCCUGACUACACACUGCUGUGAUGAAGACCGCUGUAAUGGAAGCCCUGCAGUUCUGAUGACACCCUUAACCCUGCUGGCACUAACUGUAGCCCAAACAAUAGGUCUACUAUGAGUCCAUUUGUGUAGCCUAGUAUAAAAUUGGUGUUGUGCACUUAUCUGGUCUUUAGGGGGUUUUGCCACAUCUGUUUAGAAUACAUUUAAACAAAGGUUUAGGGCUUUGACAAGACUUGGUCAGCAAGAAAUGAGUGCAUGUAGAAAUUGGUUUUAAUAUUAGCUUAAGGUUGGUGUGACUUGUUUGUUUGCAACAAAUGUUCCAUGUUUUGAAUAAAUUUUCAGUAAUCUGUAGUACAUAAA